UUCAGUACGUGCACGAACGAAUAGUUAGAAAGCGCAUGCGUGGUACUAUACUUCUGUAUCACUACGUACGUCCGGCCUGCGAGGAGAUAAAUAGCGCACGCGCGGCCUAUUACUUCCCUUCUUCGUCGGCUCCGAGACCAAAAUGUCCCACCGAAAGUUCUCGGCUCCCAGGCAUGGCUCGCUGGGCUUUCUGCCCCGCAAGCGCAGUCGUCGCCAUCGUGGCAAAGUGAAGAGCUUCCCUAAGGAUGAUCCCAACAAGCCCAUCCACCUCACUGCAUUCCUUGGGUACAAGGCCGGCAUGACCCACAUCGUCCGGGAAGUUGACAGGGCUGGUUCCAAGGUGAACAAGAAAGAAGUUGUAGAGGCUGUCACUGUGGUGGAGACCCCACCCAUGGUCAUUGUGGGUAUUGUGGGUUAUGUGCAAACCCCCCGUGGUCUUCGCACCUUCAGGACCAUCUUUGCUGAGCACAUCAGUGAUGAAUGCAAGCGUCGUUUCUACAAGAAUUGGCAUAAGUCCAAGAAGAAGGCUUUUACAAAGUACUGCAAGAAGUGGCAGGAUGAGGAAGGCAAGAAGCAACUGGAGAAGGACUUCAACAGCAUGAAGAAAUACUGCCAAGUUAUCAGGGUCCUCGCUCACACACAGAUGCGCAAGCUCCCACUGCGACAGAAGAAGUCUCACCUGAUGGAGAUCCAGGUGAACGGUGGCACCGUGGCUGAGAAGGUGGACUGGGCUCGAGAGAAGCUGGAGCAGCAGGUGCCCGUGUCGAAUGUUUUUGGCCAGGAUGAAAUGAUUGAUGUCAUUGGAGUCACCAAGGGCAAGGGAUACAAAGGGGUUACCAGCCGAUGGCACACCAAGAAGUUGCCCCGCAAGACUCACAGGGGUCUGCGCAAAGUAGCCUGCAUUGGGGCCUGGCAUCCUGCUCGCGUGGCCUUCUCAGUGGCCCGAGCUGGUCAGAAGGGGUACCAUCACCGCACAGAAAUCAACAAGAAGAUCUACAAGAUUGGCCAAGGAUACACAACCAAGGAUGGCAAGCUGAUCAAAAACAAUGCUUCCACAGACUAUGACCUGUCUGAUAAGAGUAUUAACCCCCUGGGUGGGUUUGUCCAUUAUGGUGAAGUGAUCCAUGACUUUAUCAUGCUGAAGGGCUGUGUUGUAGGGACCAAGAAGAGAGUUCUCACUCUGCGCAAGUCCUUACUUGUGCAGACCAAGCGUCGGGCUUUGGAGAAGAUUGACUUGAAGUUUAUUGACACCACUUCCAAGUUUGGUCAUGGCCGCUUCCAGACUGCAGAGGAAAAGAAGGCUUUCAUGGGACCACUCAAGAAAGAUCAUAUUGCUAAAGAAGAGACAGCUUAGUUUCUGGAAAAUUAUGAUCAUCUGAUCUGUAGUCUACAAUAAAGCUACUACUGUUUCAAACACCA